AUGGGUUUUAUGUUCCAUUGUUUCUAUUGGAAUACAGUGAUGAAACCGGUGCUCACACCACGUUCACAGACAAUUGACCGAGGUCCCGCCUGGAUAGCAGCUACCCUCUCUUGCGCGAUUAUUGCCAUGCAUUAUGGUAUUCUCAACUGCGGAUCUCUGUAUUAUCCCAGUUGGAUGGAUGUAACUGGCUACCCAAUCAGUGUGGUCUCGUGGUUGGUAACCGGACAGUUCGCAAUUGCAUUCUGUUUGGCUCCUGCUUACAGUCGCUUAUUGGAAAAAAUUCCAAAUCGAAUUGGCGCUCUGAUUGGCACGCUUUUGACUUCCGGAACUAUCAUAAUAGCCGCGUUUACCAACAACUUUUUCACGUUUAUGGUGCCGUACACAAUAUUCGGAGGUAUCGGUUUGGGACUCACUGUUAUUCCAGUUUUGGGUAUUUUGGCCGAGUACUUCGAUCGCUACCGCGUGUUGGCUCUUGCUCUGGCCGCCAGUGGGUCAGGAUUUGGCACGUUCAUCUUUUCCAAAUUGGACUCGUUCCUCAUCGAGACCUACACCUGGAGAAUUGCCUUGAUUGCUCAAGCUCUACUCCAUCUUAAUGUGUUUCCAUUGCGACUACUUCUUCGACCUAUUCCCCCGGAACCGGUUGCCGAGCCCACUAUUUUUGUUCCAGAUCAACCGGAUCUCACUAUCUGUGAUCUGCCCAACUUGAAACCAGAACAACCGGCAAGGGUAUCUGAGUAUGGUGCAAGUAACAUGCUAGUUUCUUUGCUCAGUGUGAACAGCAUACGCAGUUCUGUCGCCGGUAGUCGCUUUCGUUGCUCCGUGGCUGGAGAUGACGGAGCCCGCAAAGCACGACCAGGACACAAUGUACGAGUAGUAAUUGAAUAUGUAAAAAUGACAUGUCUACCCAAUCAACGAGAUGCUGUUAUAACCGGACCAAUUAGCUUCCUAUCAAGUCCUGGCCCGGGAGUGAUGGAACAGUUGGAGUCUGAGGCACGUGAAUACUUUUGUCGUCCAGAUCUCACAGCAGAUACUGUCCUGAUUCCGUUGAUGUUUGUACUUGGGGAAAACGAUUCAUUUUCGGCCGCAAAUAUUGCUAGCUCGCGACGUGGUCUGGAUGUGCCUGAUACCAGUGAAUAUACAGGAAGUCGUUAUGAUCUGGGUUCAGCUGUGGAUAUGGGUGAUAUGAGUCAGGUGUACCGUCAAUUAGUUAUUGGAGAUUCUUUUGCUUCCAGUAUGGUCGCCGCACAUGAACGAAGACAGUUGAAGCGGACAACUGACUAUUUUGCCCCACCAACGAAUGCGACCAACUUCGGAUCGGAUGAUCGAGUUUGUGUACUCGGUUACUACGGCCCAGAUGAUGCCACGAUUCCGGAAGAAGUGGAGCUUGAAGACGGCACAGUACAACCACAUACGGAUAACACAGGUGACAUGAACCUGCUUCAGGAUCCAAAUGAAAAAGUGGACCGAUUGAAGCCACUUACUCAAAGCACCCAAAUGUUGGGUUCAACAAACCGUCUCCAACCGGUCAUACUUAGAAGAAAAAGUCGCAGUAGCAUCCGACUGGGUAGUGUGAGUCAGUUGUCUAGAGUGGAUAAAUACGGUGAGGCUUGUUAUCGUUCCCGUGAUGUGUUUGCCUCCGUGAUUUCGGUAAACACGCCCCACGAAGCAGCCGAGCUGCUGGUUUCAAAACUGGAUGAUGAAGCAAAACUAGAAAAUUUCGGUUUGGAAAUGGGGUUUGGUGAAGAACGUUCAGCCACACUGCUCUCGUUUGUUGGGGUGACCGCGAUGAUUGGACGUUUGGGGAUGGGAUUUGUGGGACAGUUUUUUGAACGAAUGGAUAUUCGCUUUACUUCGGCAUUUUGCUUGCUCCUGGUGUCCGGUUGUGUCGCCCUCCUGCCGAUAUUUCAGAGCUACAGUGCCAUAUCUGCAUUGUGCAUUAUUUACGGUCUACUUGUCAGUCCUAGUUUUGCCUUCGCUCCGGGUAUGACCUUCCAGAUUGUCGGCCCUCAACGUUACGAUGAGGCAGUAUCAUACUUGUUCCAGUUCGAAGCUGUCGGAUUUCUUAUUGGAGGACCAGUGGGAGGUGAGUAA